AGGAGGCAGGGAGGAGGGGAGGAGGAUCCCGGUGUCCGGCGGGUGCCGGCGAUGCGGUGGCGGCUGCUGUGGCUGUUCAGCGCCGCCGCCGGCUGCUGCUGCUGGGGCCCCGCCGCGGGCAAGACGCUGCAGGGCAGCUUCGCCAGCGCUGCCGCCCGCAGGGAGCCGUGGCGGCCCGUGGCGCGCUUCCAGUUCCACGGUGACCAUGCUGUUCUGUGUGUCAGAAUCAAGAAUAUAGCAGUAGCUGUGGCAAAAGCAGCUAGACUUCACCUCUUUCAAGCACAGGAAUGGCAGAAGCUGGAGAGCAGUGUCCAAGAUCACAGCUGUGCAGAGAAGUUCUCCAAAGCUCAACUGACAAUGACUGUGAACCACACAGAGCAAAAUCUGACAGUGUCCCAGAUUCCUUAUCCAGAAACAUGGUAUGUGUUUUAUGUAGACAAGUUUACCUGCGAAGAGAAUUAUUCUGAAUCCGAGGAUAUUCAGUUUGAAAUGGUCUUACUAAACCCAGAUGCAGAAGGGAAUCCAUUAGAUCACUUUAGCGCAGGGGAAUCUGGAUUACAUGAAUUCUUUUUCCUGCUUGUCCUGGCAUACUUCAUAACUGCUUGCAUAUAUGCACAAUCCCUGUGGCAAACAAUCAGGAAGCGUGGACCUAUGCAUGGUGUAUUAAAGUUGUUGACAAUUGCAUUACUGUUGCAGGCUGGUUCAGCUUUUGCCAACUACAUGCAUUUCUCAAGUUAUUCUAGAGAUGGGAUAGGAGCUCCUUUUAUGGGAAGUCUGGCAGAAUGGUGUGACAUAGUCUCACAAAUACAAAUGCUGUAUUUAUUGUUGAGUCUGUGUAUGGGUUGGACAAUAGGCAGAAUGAAGAAAUCUCAUGGCAGACCUCUUCAGUGGGAUUCCAGUCCAGCAUCUACCAGCAUUGCUGUAGUAGUUGUUGUUACACAGAGCUUUUUGUUAAUUUGGGAGCAGUUUGAAGACACAAAUCACCACAGCUUCCAUUCGCACCAUGGCUUGGCGAGCGGGCUGCUCGUUGGCCUCAGAGUCUGCCUAGCUCUGUCCCUGGCUGCUGGGCUGUACCAGAUUAUCACAGUGGAGAGAAGCACGCUGAAAAGGGAGUUCUACAUCACCUUUGCCAAAGCCUGCAUUCUCUGGUUUCUGUGCCACCCAUGUCUUGCAACCAUUGCUGUAAUAUUCAGAGAAUAUCAAAGAGAAAAGAUUAUUACCAUAGGUGUUAUCCUCUGUCAGUGCAUCUCCAUGGUUAUCCUCUACAGACUUUUUCUAUCCCAUAGUCUAUAUUGGGAAGUAUCUUCACUGUCAUCAGUGACAUUGCCACUAACAGUAUCCUCUGGACAUAAAAAUCGACAUCACUUCUGAGAUGUUUAGGAAGAAUACAUGAUGUAAUAAAUGUGCAAUAAUGACUUGAAUACACAGGUAUUUUUGUCACAAGUGUAUGGUACAUUGGUUUCACUGGAAAACUGAGUGAUAGUAUCAAAGCACUUCACAGAUCUUUGGUCUGACAAGAUUACUAGAUUCAUGUGUUAAAAGCAUUGUGGAGUGUAAAAAUCCAUAAUUUGAAGCGGUUUAUAGAUAUUGUUUAACAAGUGGUGCUGAGCUGUAUCACAGAAGAGUACAAUGAAUCUUUUCUCUCCCGUUCACGGACACCAAAAAUUCCCUUACUUUGUGUCAAUAGUAGGUUUGAAGGUCUUAUAGAAUGCAGUUCUUAAAACAUCUACAUGCACAAACAGGUUUAAAAUAGGCCAGUUGUGAAAUUGGUGUGAUGCAUAAUGAUGAGUACAAGAGGUUUUUUUAUUUUCGUGCUUUAGAGAAAUUGUAUUUUAUGUAUCAGUGUAAAAGAUGGGGAAAGAAAGGAGGGAGAAUCAUCUAGAAAACAUGUCAAAUGUUCACAACUGACUGCAAGAAACUUUCCUUUAUCAUGGGUGUAAAAGAAAAGCCCUUUUUACAUCUAAUGUUCAUACUGGUUAAAAUUCUAAUGGGAAUGUAAAUGGGGUUUAUAUCUUCCUUAAAAAAAAAAAAAAAGUAAAUGUAACUAAAAAUUUCAUCCAGUAAUCAAGGUCUAAACAGUUUUUGAGACUUAGAAUACAUAGCAACAUAAAGGUAAUUAAAACAGCAGCCUUGCAUCUUUUAAAGGAGGAAAAAAAAGAAAAAGAAAAUGGAAUGGGUGAUGUGGUACUAGAAUUUUAAUCCUGAUAUAAUUCAUUUCUGUUACAUUGAGGAUUCAAUCAUAAUUAAGCCAUAUACACAGAUUAAAUUAACAGAAGCAUUUCAAAUAAAUGUUGGUUUCAGUCAUCAACUACCCAUGAAUUCCUGCCCAAGGAUACUUAAUCAGGAUUAAAUUUUCUAUGAAUAAUUGAAAAACAAAAUACUCACUGGAUUUGUUAUAAUCCAUGUUGGCACUGGGUUCUAAGUAGUUGCCAUCUUCCAUCCAUUGUAAUAAAGCCAUUCUACUUUGUGAUGCCCUAGCAUUCAGAAAGCCAGUGUAAAUAUAUACUUUAUUGAAGUGCCUAUUUAUAGAGUAUGAUUAAAUCAUGCUGACACUUUUUUCUUUCAUAAUAAGAACAUACCUAUUGCUGUUGUGAGUGAAUUUUUUUCUUUUUGGAUUUGGCUUAGUUUAGACUUCAUACAUGUGUGUUUCUUCACAAAAUGGAUUUUAUUUUCUAGUAAAUCAGUGUUUGCUUCUUCAUAACACUGUGUAUUUGAUGAUGUCUCUGUGAAAAUGUGAAGACACUGCUUCUAGCUUUAAAACAGCCCUAAUUUUUCCAUUUAUCUUUGCCUCAGUUGUGAGCAUAGUUGAAACAUAAGUCUGUUCCAUUUUAGUUUAGAGGCAAAACUAGAUAUUUGCCUUUGACUAAGGCAAAAUGGCAACAUGACAAAGCUGCUCAUUAAAUCAUCUCCUUUCUUAUUGUUUGUAAUUCAGAUCAAGAAUGGCAGGUUGAGGCUGGAAAAGAUGAGAUAUUAUGAUUUCACACAAUCUUCGGAAUGAUUAAAAGAUUAAUUAUUACAUUCCUCUGAUAACCACACAAAAAUAUUAUUGGUUAAAACUUCAGUCUUUAUUUCCCUGCUUAUCUCUGUACUUUUCAUCUUCUCAAGAAAAAAGCAUCCUGUUUUUGAUAAGUCUCCAAUAAUGUAGUAAAAGAGUUCUAUCUGUCCUCAUGUAUAAGGCUUCAAAUUCACACAUAAAAUAGAAUUUUCUGGUAGACACAAGUACUACUUUACAGUUUAUGAUCUGUCAUGACAAAAGUUUUAAUCUAUGCAAGAAAACCUCUAUGUGACUUUCAGAAGAGGCACUCCAAUUGUUUUAUUCUCCAGAAGUACUGUCUUACUUCCUGUAGUUUUCUGACUUGACUUGGUCAGUAUUUUGAUACCAUUUACCUUAUUAUCAGUUCAUAAAUAUAUCCCACAACAAAUCAUGGUUUGUUAGUGUAAGCACAAAACGUAAGGUGUUUUACAUCUUUCCCACAGUGCCCCCUAAGUCAACGGGGAACAUUAGUUUCUUAGUUUGGCAUUGGAUCCAGUUACUUGAAAAUAAAUUUUAAUGUUGCUAUUAAGGUAAGUGUAGCAAUGAAUUACCACUUUCUCAUGGUAAGUGGUACAAAAGCUCUCUUAGCAGGUGCCCAGGUCUUAGCAGAUGACCAGUGCUCACCAGUUUGGUGUUACUGAAUAAUUAAUAUACAGUGUAGCAGUGCAUCACUACGACUGCAGUAAUAUUCAGUUAAUUUGGUGCAAGAUAUCUUGGGGAGGGGGGAAGCCUUCAAGUAUGACUAAUGGACGAGGCUUCAUAUUUAACCUGUACUCUGUGUUGAAACUUACUGCCUCUGAUCAUGCCUGAGGAGUGGUUCAAGUAUGUAAAAGUCUCUCUCUUCUUUCUAAGUUACAUCUCCUGGGAGAACAGCUGGUAAGACCUUGCUUUUUCCAUGCUUAUCAACACUUGUUACCCAUUCUAUUAAUUUGAUUUCAUAACUUCAUCUUGAAAAAAUAGCUUCCAGAUGACUUCCCGUUGUCUUCAAUCCAUGCAUCCCAACUUGAAAACUAUAAUCCUAAAUUGUCCUUUCUGUCUCUCACACACACACCACACACACACAAAAAUUAGCUUUCUGUCACGAACUGGGGCUUUUGUGUACAUCAGCAGAACACGUGCUGUGCCCUACUUGGGGUCUGCAUUAGGUGACUGCAGUGGACAGAGGCACAUCUCACCUGAGAGCCUCUGUGUGUUAUAUGGUUCUGUUUUAGAUAAAGUUGGGAGUACCAUGUCUGCUCAUUCUAUGGCCUGUGUGUUUCAGUGCUUGCACGACAGGAGUGUGUAUUGACAAGACUGCAAACUGCAGUUGGUUGUGCUCUGGAGAAAUCCACUUCUCUGUGUGAGAGGGCAUCACCUGCCAGUUUGCAUCAGCUAUGAUUUGCUGGUUGGGAGGGAGGAUCUCAGUGCGGUAGACAAAAGGGUGAGAUCACCAACUCGAUCUACAGGACCCCCCGCAAGCUCUCAGGAGGGAACAUCCUGCAUUGCUCCUGACCAGCGAUGUGAAGGCUGGAGCAGCUCAUUGCAAGUCUCCUCAGCUAUUCACUCCCCUUCCAUGUAGACUGUGUUUAUUGUAUAUUUAUUUAAAGUGCUUCAGGUGGGAAAAUGAAUAUUUACAAUUAAAUAUAUGUAAAUGGAAGUGGAAAGACUUGAUUGGAAAAAUACCAAGUUUCUAAUACAUAUUACAAUACGAAGACCUCCCACACAAGAUAAACCUUUAUAGCCAGAUCUAAAUGAAUAUUUCUUUCUGGUUCCUGUGCCAGUGGAAAGCCAUGGAAGUAUCAAAAUCUUUUUGUUUGCAUCUUGAUCCUCUACAGAACUGGAAGAAUACUUUCUUUGAUUUGGCUUUAGUUUAUUCUGUGCAACGUUCUGCCUCUAAUUGAAAGAAUAAAUGUUUAUGGGGCUGGCCAGCGCUGAUGUUAGGCUGUACCUUUUAACUCUUUGUGUGACUACCCAGUGUAAAAAACAGCAGCUUCUCCUUGAGAGUGUCAUACAUUAAAAGAGAAAUGAUUAAGCUG